AUGUCUUCCGCAGUAGCAGAACUGGACAACUAUCUCCAGUCUAUGCUGGCUCUCAAGGCCCCGGGUGUCUCAGGAUCUAAGAUCAACAGUAUAACUUCGUUAUGCACGGCCAAUGUGCAGAACGAAUCCGUCCUUAUCCAGAAAAUCUACACGCAUUUCAAGAAGGCACCAGGCACACACAAGUUGGGCGUACUCUAUGUCGUAGACUCAGUAACUCGACAAUGGUUAGAUGCAGCGCGCAAAGCAGGACAGCCCUCCGGUAGUGCUGCUCCUGACGGGACUUUUGCCGCUGGUGUUAACAGAGUGACCGAGUUAUUACCUGUGUUGAUGACCGAUAUCAUAAACAAUGCGCCAGAAGAUCAAAAGGAAAAAAUCAAGAAGCUGGUCGACAUUUGGGAGCGUGGAUACACUUUUCCCGCCCCUAUGCUCGCAUCCUUCAAGCAGAAACUGAAUGCGCCUGCGUCCAACAAUGUUGAAUCGACGACUCCUGAAGGCUCUCCAGCCCCGAACCAAGCCUUAUUUGGAGGCACGCAACAGCAAUCGUCAGUAGGAGCCAAUGGUGCAGCAUCCGCUACCCCAGCUCAGUCAGCGCCAGACACCUCGAGUAUUCUGAAAGCCUUGGCGGAUAUGGCAAAGCAGAACACCGCAGCCCCGGCGGCUCCAGCUGCUGCUGCUCCCGUCAAUCCUCUGAGCGCAUUAAGCCAGCAGGCCACAGUUCCCCAGCCCGCGUCUUCAUCCGUAGACCAGGCUUUGCAGUCCCAGGUUAGCUCAGCUGGCGUAAACCCCUACGCAGCUGUUGCAAAUCCGUUCGCUGCUUUAGGCAACUUAGCUCAAAACCCAGCUUUGGUCCAGCCGCAAAGUCAAAGCCAUACGCCGACACCAUUAACGGUUCCUCAGAAUCCCUUAGCGGCGCUUCUACCGCAGGCGACUGCACCGCCAGCGCAACCGCCCACCAUGACGCCUGAUGCACUGCAGCAACAGCUUCAACUCCUCCAAAUGUUGGCUGCCCAGGGUAUCCCCCAGGAGCAGUGGGCUACGGCUUUACAGAUCCUUACUCUCUCUAACCCUGCCGCCAUGUCAAAUCUCAAUCCCGGCCAAGCUCCAGGGUUCAAUCUCCCUGGCCAAAAUUCCAAUGCCUGGGGUGGCCUUCCUGAACAGCCACGUGAUUUCGGGGACCGCGAGCGGGAUCGUGAUUACAUGCGUUCUCCUCCUGGCGGAUAUCGUCGUCGCUCCCGUUCCCCUGGCUGGGACAGACGCCGCGAUGUGUCUCCCCCACGCCGACGUGAUAGCCCUGUCUAUGGAGAGUACCAUGGUGAUUCUCCUGGCCGUAGGGGGGCCGAUCCGCGUGGUCGACGAGGCAACGACUACCGUCAACGCAGUCCGGUUGGACGUAGACGCCGUUCUCCUUCUCCUGCACGCAAGGACCCCACACUUCCUCCACCGGGUCCUAAAUUCAUUGAAUGGGACUACUCCAUUGGCCAAGGAAAUAUCAAAGUCCUUAGCCGUACCCUCUUCGUCGGUGGCGUAACAUCAUCUGAAGCCCAUUUACGGUCUCUUUUCUCAAAGUACGGCGUAGUCCAGACCUGCAUCGUGAAUGUCGACAAACGUCAUGCUUUUAUCAAGAUGAUCAGCCGACAGGACGCCAUCAAUGCUCGAGAAGGAAUGGAAUCAUACAAGACCGGAGAUAUGCAGCUUCGGACACGCUGGGGUGUUGGCUUUGGUCCCCGUGACUGCAGUGACUAUCAAACAGGAAUUAGUGUCAUUCCCAUUGAGAGACUGACGGAGGCGGACCGGAAGUGGAUGCUCACUGCGGAGUACGGUGGUACCGGAGGAAGACCUAUUGAGUCGGGCAUGAUCGUUGAGGAGCCAGACAUCGAAAUUGGUGCGGGUGUGUCAUCAAAGGCCAUCAGUAGACGGAUCGCAACCGACACUGGAGGCAAGCGUGGCCCGGUUUCAACACGCGUCCAGCAUGACCGGCCUCCCCGGCGUGAGCGUGACGGACCCCAGAUGGGCGACACGUCAAACGCCAACAACGUGGGUGUACCCCCAGCCGUUCCUGGUUUUGGUUUUUCCUUCCCCGGUAUGCCACUGUUUCCUCCUGGCUUCAUGAUGGGGGGUGCGCAGCCCAGUAACCCAUCCCAACCUCCACCUCCUGGUCAGUGA